CGGGAAUAGGGAAAAAAACAAAUAGGGCGAGCCUAUCUUUUUCUGCCCCCUCUAUCAUCGGUUUCUCUCUGUCUUGCCUCUCUUCUCUCUCCUCGCUUUCUCUUUCUCUCUCUCCAUCACACCACAAGUGAAAGAACCCUAGAGGCAGCAGUCCUCUUCAAGGUAAGCCCCCAACGCUCUCGUUUUUAAUUGCCCAGAGCUUGUUGCUAGUGACCGCUCCAUGUUCCAAGAGAGGCAACAGGAGGAGGAUGAAUUUUUAUUUCUUGCCAUGUGGGUUUCCUUAUUUUUGCUCCGGCCGUAAUUACCAUUUCCUUUCUCCCCCAAGCCGGCCCAAAUCAGCACCUUUCCGUAGAUCCCCGUCGCAAGAUUCGAUCUUGCCGCUUUUCAGUCUUGCAAUGGAGAUCUCGCUCGAUCUGUGGAGCACGGGACCGGGCUGGUUCGGUGCGGAUUUGGGUGGUGUCUCGGACGGUUCCUGAGACCUAGGGGGUUGGCGAUUUGGGGGCAAUGGAGGAGAUGGGCUGACCAGAGGCGCAAAGAGAUUCACUUUUGCUCGUCCAAUUUGGGUUCCUGUAAUUGGAUUUGUUUGUUGGAGUCGCCAAGAUGGACGACGACGGCAGCUUAGGUAUUCGCAAUUGGGGCUUCUACGAGACGGUGAAAGGCAGUCUCGGCCUGCAGCUGAUGUCGUCGGUGGCCUCCGACCGGGACACAAAGCCACUGCUCCCAAAUGGCAGUACUUUCUUGCAGCACCAUGGGCAUCACAAUGCCCCGCAGCAGCAGCACCCACAACAUUUGCACCAUCCCCACGACUGUGGCGGUGCCUCUGGCGGCAUGCCCACAGAGCCGCCAUCUGUGCACAUGGACUUUGUGCGCAAUGAAGCUUGGUUGCACCCCUUGCAGCAUCAGCAUCCCCGUCAACAGAAGGUCCUUCACCAUGUCCCUGUCGGACCAGUCGGACAUGUUGGCCAUGCCAUGCAUCACCACCCUACUGGCUAUGGGAUGAUGACGGACCCACAUGGAUUGCACACUCUGCAGAUGAUGCAGCCACAACCGCAGCCGCAGCCGCAGGAUCCUCCUCCAUCGAAAGAAGAGAGCAUGCCGCCACCGCCUACUGAGGAUCAUUCUGUGGUAAAGAACGAACCGCCUGUGAAGAAGAGGCAGCAACAUCGGCAGCCUAAGUCACCAAAGCCAAAGAAGCCUAAGAAGGUUGCUGCUCCGCGGGAGGAUGGGGCGCCCAAUAGGCCUGUGCCCCGAGGAAGGGGGCCAAGGAAUACCGUGGGCAUUGUGAUUAACGGUAUUGAUUUGGACCUUUCAAGGAUACCAACACCUGUGUGCUCGUGCACUGGAACUCCCCAGCAAUGCUAUAGGUGGGGCGCAGGUGGCUGGCAGUCUGCAUGCUGCACAACUUCUAUUUCGACGUAUCCACUGCCAAUGAGCACAAAGCGCCGGGGUGCACGCAUUGCUGGAAGGAAGAUGAGCCAAGGUGCAUUCAAAAAGGUGCUUGAGAAGCUAGCUGGUGAAGGGUACAACCUUAAUAAUCCAAUUGACUUGAAGACGUUUUGGGCCAAGCAUGGCACAAACAAGUUUGUAACGAUCAGGUAAAAGACAUGCUAUGUUUGUCGCUUUUUAGGUUCUAGUUCUGCAGUUCGGCCUGAUUUAUUGUUUGUAUAUGUAAGCGCCAAUCUGCGGAAGUUUUUAGAAGUAGCCUGUAGCCAUGUUCAGUUUCGUUGACUUAAUUGGCAUGCCUAUCUCAAGCUUCAGACUUCAGAUAUCGACUCUAUGGAAGUCUGUUUGUAUCCCUUCUCCUUGCAAGUUGUAGUGUAACAACAACAGCCUCUAAUUUUUAGAUGGUAUGAAAUUUAAUGCAUCAAAUGUCUGUCUUUAUCAAAGAUAAUGUCAUUAUGUGGAGGUUUUCACUAGUGAAAGACAAUUGCCAGCACCUUUGGACAAGGAUAUAUUUGUAAAUUUUCUAUACAGCAAAUCUUUCAUGCGA